GCGUGCAGCUCCCUCCUCUUAAAGGCAGGUAGCGGCCGCAACCGUUAAAGGCACCUCCUUGUCCCUCCCCUCUUCCAUAGGUCCCCUAGAGGGCGGGGCGGGAGCAGCCGUUGAAGGUGGAAGGGAGAAGAAAGGGGGGGUGGCUUAACCCUCUCGAUCCCGUGGCGGUAUCUCCCCCCCCUUUCUCCUACUGAGGCGGCGCUCGGGGAAAGAGAGCCGGGCCGGCCAAACGCCCGGUGCAUUCUGGGACUGGCUGGCUUGGCUUAGCAAAAGGAGGAGGGGAGUCCCGUUCGCGGGCGGGCGAGGAGCAGCAAGGGAAACGAUGUUGCUGGACUACAAUUCCUAUCAUCUCUGAUCAUUGGCCAUGCUGGGUGGGUUGAUAGAAGCUGUAGACCAAAAACCUGUUUGGAGAAAGCUGGGAUAAUUACCAGGAAAACAAACCAACAUACUACCUAAAGAAGAAGGACAGUUUCUGGUACUUCUUGUGUGAAAAUCAUGUCUGUCCGGGAGUCCUUUAACCCAGAAAGUUAUGAACUUGACAAGAGCUUUCGGCUAACCCGAUUCACUGAACUUAAAGGCACUGGCUGUAAAGUGCCUCAGGACAUUUUACAGAAAUUGCUUGAAUCUCUACAAGAAAAUCAUUUCCAGGAAGAUGAACAGUUUUUGGGAGCUGUUAUGCCAAGAUUGGGAAUUGGAAUGGACACUUGUGUUAUUCCUUUGAGACAUGGAGGUCUAUCUUUGGUCCAGACAACAGAUUACAUUUAUCCCAUUGUGGAUGAUCCUUAUAUGAUGGGACGUAUAGCAUGUGCCAAUGUUCUUAGUGAUCUUUAUGCUAUGGGAGUCACUGAGUGUGACAACAUGUUGAUGCUGCUUGGGAUCAGUAACAAAAUGACAGAUAGGGAAAGGGACAAAGUAAUGCCUCUCAUUAUCCAAGGUUUCAAAGAUGCUGCAGAAGAGGCAGGAACAUCGGUGACUGGUGGUCAGACGGUGUUAAACCCUUGGAUUGUUUUAGGAGGAGUAGCCACAACAGUCUGUCAGCCUAAUGAGUUUAUAAUGCCAGACAAUGCAGUACCAGGAGAUGUACUUGUGUUAACUAAACCCUUGGGGACUCAAGUUGCUGUAGCUGUCCACCAGUGGCUAGAUAUUCCAGAAAAAUGGAAUAAGAUAAAGUUGGUGGUUACACAAGAAGAUGUGGAGCUGGCAUAUCAAGAAGCAAUGAUGAAUAUGGCAAGGCUCAACAGAACAGCUGCAGGGCUCAUGCACACGUUCAAUGCACAUGCAGCCACAGACAUCACAGGCUUUGGAAUCCUGGGACAUGCACAAAAUCUAGCCAAGCAGCAACGCAAUGAGGUGUCCUUCGUUAUACAUAAUCUUCCUGUUCUCGCCAAAAUGGCUGCAGUUAGCAAGGCAUGUGGCAAUAUGUUUGGUCUUAUGCAUGGGACAUGUCCUGAGACUUCAGGAGGGCUCCUUAUUUGUUUACCACGUGAACAGGCAGCACGUUUCUGCGCUGAAAUCAAGUCUCCAAAAUAUGGUGAAGGUCACCAAGCAUGGAUUAUUGGGAUUGUAGAAAAGGGCAAUCGCACUGCCAGAAUUAUAGACAAACCUCGAAUCAUUGAGGUUGCACCACAAGUGGCUACUCAGAACGUGAACCCAACGCCUGGGGCAACUUCUUAAUCGAGAUGAAUAGCUAUUUUUGUUUUGUUUUUGUUUUUUAAAUAGAUCUAUUCCUUUACCAUUUUACAGCCUAAAGAACUGUAAAAAGAGAAAAAGAAACACAUUGUGUCUGCAAAUCUGGUGGCCUUAGGUCAGUUUGAGUGGAUGCGUUUAAUAAAAUAAAACCCAUUGCCUUUUUUUCCUGUUACAUUAACUGAAGAUGCACCUAAUCUUGAGGCAGCUUCUGAGUUGAGAAUUAUAUUGUUAUCCAAUACUGUUGAUUCAUUUUGAAUCUUUAGACACUUAUUUCUUGCCGCAUAGGCUCUUUUUAAAAAAGGUGCUUUCACGUAGCACAGACAUUACCAAUAGUGGUGUCAAAUAGCAGUUUGUGUCCUUUUUCACUAUAUGUAUAUUUAUCAUUAGGUCUAAUUUCGAAUGCCUUGAAUGAAAUUCCUGAAAGGCAAUAAAUUUGAUAAAGUGAUGCACAGUGCUUUUAUCCAGUAGCCAAGAGGGUUGCAUGUCUACAUUCAGUCUUUGAUUUGUAAAAGUCUUACUCAUGAGCAUCUACAACCCUGGACAUUACUUGGUAGUACACUCUGUUAAAAACAAGCAAGUGCUGACUUUGCAUGGAAGCACUUCAGAGUUGAAGGAAAAAUAAUUUUGUUCUUUGUAGAUCGGACAAUAUUUACGUGUAUUAUCAAUACUUGUUUCCUUUAUUGAUGGUAUAAAUGAUGAUGCUCAGUUUUGCAACGUGAUUGGAUGUGCUGUAGAGCAACAAGGUAUUGCCAGCCAAAUGGAGGUUAUUGUAUAAUCAUUUACAAUUCACUAUAUGAUUAACUACACAAAUAAUUUUUAAAUAUAACCAAUUGAAAAAACUGUUUUGUGGAUGGUAGUGUUUAAUACAUUUUAUAUUUUGUAUAGUGAUUAUUAUAAAUCUUUUGUUUUUGUUUUCUUAAAAUCAGCAGCUGUCUAGUAUAAUGCCUAGUACUUUUGUUCUAUGCUCAAAAUUCAUUUUUGUGCACGCUUUUGUGAUGUGUUUAAUAUCUACAUUGCCAACAUUGCAGUCUGAACUUAA